AGAAAAUGUCAUUUUUCAAAGAAUUCAAACUAUCAAUUUUAGAGUUUUUAGUCCUUAUUAUUUUAAUUUCAACAUUAUAUAUUCUAAAAUUUUAUUAUGAUUAUUUCACUCGUUCAAUUUCAUAUCCGGGUCCACUUCCGUUGCCUAUAUUAGGUAAUUUACAUCAAUACUUUUAUUAUAGUAAUGACCUUCAAGCUUGGCUUCAUCGUCUGAGUUUGAAAUAUGGAGAUGUGUUUGAACUGUAUUUUGGGUCCAGUAAAUAUUUAAUGAUUAGUGAUUCACGGAUAGUCGAACGAAUAAUGAGUUCAGUAAAGGACAAUAAUUACUUUGUGCGAAUAACAACUCGAGACGGAUUAGAUGACUUACAAAAGGGACAUAAUGGAAUAUUAUUUAAUGUAGAUUUUAAUUCCUGGUCAUAUAUUAAGAAAAUUUUUAUUAGAGCUGUUGCGGCACCCAAUGCACUAAAAUUUGGCAUGAAAUUAAUUGAUAGCGGUUUUCAAGAUUUGGAAAAGUUCUGGAACUUAUUGAUCGAAGAAACAGGUCAAUUUGUGUGUGACGAACAAGAAAAAUCCGUAGAAAUUGAUUUUAUACCGUGGGCGAGAAGAAUUUUCGCCGAAACUAUAAUGUUGAUGACUACCAAUCGACAUCCUAAUUUACUAUCAACUUAUUAUGAUAGGACCACCAAUAAAAAUCCUCAAAAAAAUUUGUAUGAAGAAUUUUUUGAUCGUUUGAGUAUUGCAUCUGAUUGUGUGCAAUAUUAUCUCAUGGUUCCACCAUUUAUACGUAAUUUUCCAAUUAUAAAUAUUUAUACAAAUUACCUAUACAAGAAUAUGACGUGGACGAGAAAUUACACAUACAAUUUGGUCAAGGAGCGCCUAGAAGAAAUUGAAAGUAUUGAUGAUAAUGAGAAGUUGUCCACUGAUAUGUUAAGCAUGUUAUUGACAGCUAAUAAAUCAAAUGACAACAAUGAGAAACCUAUGACUAAUGAAGAAAUCGGUGAUAAUAUUGCAGAGAUACUUAUUGAAGGAGUCGAUAGUCCCUCGAAUACUUUAUCGUUUGUUCUUUAUUAUAUUGGAAACGAUCCAGAUAUUAAACAACGAGUUCUUGAUGAAAUUGAUAAUAUAUUUGGGGAUGGACCUGAUUUUAACGUUACCUAUGAAGAUCUAAGUAAACUUGAAUAUAUUGAAGCUGUAAUAAAAGAAGUUUUAAGAGUUAGGCCAGUUACAGCAACAAUUACACGUUUCGCCACACAUUCUGAUCAAAUUGAUGAGUUCCAAAUUCCUUCAUCAACACAUUUAUCAGUCAAUAUUUUGAGUUUACACGUGCACCAAAACUAUUGGGAAGAACCUACGAAAUUUAAUCCCUUGAGAUUUUUAGCAAGUAGCAAUAAUGAAAAAGAAACUUAUGACAAAAAUGCACUUGUAUAUUUUGGUGGUGGGUUACGUAUGUGCCCAGGUAGACAAUUUGCAAUGACUUUACUUAAAAUGAUGGUUGUUUUGUUAUAUAGUAAAUAUAAGUUUGAGGUGAUUACUAAGGAACCUUUGGCACAAAAUAGUAUUAAUACUCAAUGUAAAGAAUUGAAAAUUAGAAUUAGGUGCUUGAAGGUAUAAAUUUGCUUUCAUAUGUGUAUUUAUCGUCGCUUGGCAAACAUCUUAAUAGAUCUAAAAUCAAAUACACAUACAUUAUAUCACUUUUUCACAAAAAUCAUUUUCGCCUCAAAUUAUAUUCAUUCAUUUAUUACACUCAUUUAAAACAUCACCACAUAACCUCACUAUUAUGGCAUUACUUUCUCAUUACCUUUUCCUUUUUACAACAUUACCACAUAAUCUUGUUACCCUCUUAUCCUUACUCUUACACAAUUUUUCCAAAAAUCUUGAAUAUUUUAAUAUUUGUAAAAAUUGUAAAAAUUCUCUGAAAAAUU